AUGGUCCGUGGCGAAGCCCUCAUAAUUUUUCUGACCUGUAUGGUGCUGUCAGAGACAGCCUAUCAUGAGCCAGGCUUCUGUGCUUUCUAUGAAGAGUGUGGUCGUAACCCAACAAUAGAAGGAAGCCUCAUUCCUCCUAUUGUCCCCUGUCUCAAUUACAGCAGUGCCCGUCUCCUCGAAGGAGAGCACUACAGGAGACUCAAAACGGUGUGUCCUAUUCUUGACCAUGGGGAGGGCAACACAUAUGCCUGCUGCUCCGUCAAACAGCUGUCAUCCCUUGAACAGAGUCUGACCCUGUCCAAGGCUGUGUUAAACCGCUGUCCCUCCUGUGCUGAUAACUUUGCUCACUUGCACUGCAUCAACACCUGCAGUCCUAACCAGAGCCAGACAGUCAAAGUCACAAAAGUCAUGAAUGUCACCACCCUUGGCAAGACAAGGGAGGUGGUAGUAGGUUAUAAGGCAUACCUCGCCAACAACUUUGCAGAAGCUUCCUUCAAGUCUUGUCAGAAUGUCAGGAUCCCCGCCACUGGUGGCUUCGCCAUCGCCACCAUGUGCGGUAGGUAUGGGGCCAAGCUGUGCAGCCCCCAGAAAUGGUACGACUUUCAGGGAGACUCCAGUAACGGCCUGGCACCAUUGGACAUUGACUUCAACCUGAUAAAAGAGGGAGACACAGCGGGACUGCCAGAAGGAGUGAUUCCUUACAAUGGACAAGCACUGAGGUGUAAUGAGACCACCCCAUCGGGUAAUGAGGCUUGCUCCUGCCAGGACUGCCAAGAGUCGUGCCCAAAGAUGCCAGAUCCCCCUCAGCCUCCAGGCCCCUUCAGAUUGAUGGGAUCAGAUGGCUUCCUCGUGAUCUGUAUCAUUCUACUUUGUGUCUUGGUGUUUGCCUUCCUUCUCUACAUCGUUGUCGCUUACUGGACAAGGUCACAGAGAAGAAAGUAUAAAGACACAGGAGAGAAAAAGGGGAAGGGAAAAGACCAGAACAGUAAUGAAGUCAUUCAACCGAUUGUUGAUCCAUCAGAGGUGACAUGUGCUGACAAGAACAGCCUGGCUGCCCAAGCUUUCCUGAGCUUACUGUUCAGGCGUUGGGGAACCCUCAUGGCCACUUAUCCUUUCUUGGUGCUCCUGUUGUCAGCUGUAGUUGUGGCUGUUUUCUCUGCUGGUCUCAAGUCCAUUGAGCUCACCACUGACCCAGUCGAGCUGUGGUCUGCUCCCAACAGUCGCGCCCGUCAGGAGAGGACUUUCCACGACACAAAUUUUGAACCCUUCUUCAGGACAAACCAGCUGAUCCUGACUGCACCCGGCAGAAAGGGCCACAUUUAUGACUCUUUGCUGUUUGGACCGCAGAACUUCAGUGGACUGAUUUCCAAAGACCUGAUCAUCGAGCUGCUGGAGCUCCAGAAACGUAUUCAGAAAAUUGAGUUUUGGUCAGAAGAUCUGAAUCGCACAGCAAGUCUGAAAGAUGUGUGCUAUGCACCACUAAACCCAACCAAUCCUGCGCUCACGGACUGUGCAACCAACAGCUUGGUACAGUACUUCCAGAACAGCUUGGACAACAUUAACGCAAAGGUUAACAUGACAGAACUGGGAGUGACCAAAGAAGUAGACUGGAGGGACCACUUAAUCUACUGUCUUAACUCCCCCCUCUCCUUCAAGGACAUCACUGAUUUAGGUAUGAGCUGCAUGGCUGACUACGGAGCUCCAGUCUUUUCCUUUCUGGCUGUGGGAGGAUAUGAUAAUGACGACUUCACCAAUGCCGAGGCUUUCAUUCUGACCUUCUCCCUCAACAACUAUGCUCGGACCAAUGUCAAGUUCAAAGUGGCCAUGCAAUGGGAGACAGAGUUUCUUAAAAUUGUCCAGGACUACCAGAAAGACCCGGCCUGCAAAUUUAGUUUUGCAUACAUGGCAGAGAGGUCUCUGGAGGACGAGAUUAAUCGGACAACAGCUGAGGAUAUCCCAAUCUUCAUGAUCAGCUAUGCUGUGAUCUUUGUGUACAUCGCAGUGGCGCUCGGGGAGUACUCUUCAUGGAAAAGAAUACUGGUGGACUCCAAGUUUCUGGUUGGUCUGGGUGGGAUCCUGGUGGUUGGUUGUUCGGUCCUGGCCUCAAUGGGUUUCUACUCCUGGAUUGGUAUCCCCUCCUCACUGGUCAUCCUACAGGUUGUGCCCUUCCUAGUGCUUGCUGUUGGAGCUGACAACAUCUUCAUCUUCGUUCUGGAGUACCAGAGAGAUGUCCGGAGACAUGGGGAGAAGAGAGAGGAGCAGAUUGGUCGAGUCCUUGGAAAUGUAGCUCCCAGCAUGCUCCUGUGCAGUCUCUCUGAGUCUGUUUGCUUCUUUCUAGGGGCCCUGUCCACCAUGCCAGCAGUGAAGUCCUUUGCUCUGUAUGCUGCUCUGGCUGUGCUCAUGGACUUCAUCCUCCAGAUGACCGCAUUUGUAGCGCUGCUGUCCCUGGAUGCCCGGAGACAAGACAACAACCGAUGUGAACUCUUGUGCUGUGUUACGGUGUCAACCAAGCGUCAAGACAAGCCAAACGAGGGCUUCCUGCUGCCCUUCAUGAGGAAGUACUACGCCCCUGUGCUACUGCAUCGCUACACCAGAUUCAUAGUGAUGCUGGUUUUCAUCUUUAUGCUCUGUGGAUCCCUAUUCCUUAUGUUUAAUGUGACUGUGGGUCUGGAUCAGGAGCUGGCCAUGCCUCAGGGCUCGUAUAUGCUGAACUACUUCAAAUAUCUGUACAAAUACUUUGAAGUUGGAGUUCCUGUUUAUUUUGUAACAAAACGAGGCUUCAAUUUCACCAGUAAGGAAGGCAUCAAUGCGGUCUGUUCCAGUGUGGGCUGUGAUCAGUUCUCGAUGACCCAAAAGAUCCAGUACGCUGCCAACUUCCCCCAUCUAUCCUACGUGGCUAUUCCUGCUAACUCUUGGGUGGAUGAUUUCAUCGACUGGCUGAACCCUGGAUCUAGAUGUUGUCGUCUUUACGGCUUCGGCGUUAAUGAGGGACAGUUCUGUCCUGCGAGUGAAUCUCCCUUCAUUUGUCCGCGGAAGUGUAUGUCUACUCCUGCAAACGGCGUCCUCAGGCCAACCGUGGAACAAUUCAACCGCUUCCUCCCGGACUUCUUGGGUAACAGGCCAGACCUGCAGUGCCCCAAAGGAGGUCUUGGAGCGUAUGACACAGCUGUGGUGAGAGAUGAAAAUGGAGAAAUUAUAGCCUCUCGUUUCAUGGCUUACCACACGCCUUUAUCCAACUCUCAAGAGUUCACUGCUGCACUGCUAAAGUCCAGAGAGCUUGCCCACAACAUCACGAUGGGCAUGAGGCAAAUACCUGGGACCUCGCCUGACUUUGAAGUAUUUCCUUACACGGUAACUAAUGUAUUUUACGAGCAAUACUUGACCAUCGUACCUGAAGGACUCUUCAACAUCUCCUUGUGUCUGCUGCCAACAUUUGUGGUGUGCUGUCUGCUGCUUGGUUUGGAUCUGCGCUCAGGUCUGCUCAACCUAAUCACCAUCGUCAUGAUCGUCAUAGACACGGUUGGUGUCAUGACUCUGUGGAGCAUCGAUUACAACGCUGUGGCACUCAUCAAUCUGGUUACGGCGGUGGGAAUCUCGGUGGAGUUUGUGUCCCAUAUGACGAGAUCAUUCGCUCUCAGCACUAAACUCACACAUGUAGAGAGAGCUAAAGAGGCUACAGCCAACAUGGGCAGCGCUGUGUUUGCUGGUGUUGCUAUGACCAACCUGCCAGGUAUUCUGGUUCUGGCAUUUGCUAAAGCACAACUCAUCCAGAUCUUCUUCUUCCGAUUAAAUCUGGUCAUCACACUCCUUGGGAUGGCUCACGGACUCAUAUUCCUCCCUGUGCUGCUCAGCUACUUUGGUCCUGGUGUAAACAAAGCCGUGUUGCUGCAGCAGCAGCAAGAAAAAGCAAAGGCCGAGCUGGAGCUGGAGAUGAGAAACACAAUGAAACAUGUUUAUGACAACUUGAACUAUGAAGACAACGAGAUGAAACAAGAUGCAGACACAAAAUCUACACAUGCUGAGAAAGAUGCAGACAAACCCUCACAACAUCUAGAAAACCAUUAUGUGGAGAAAGAGGACAAGACUGAUCGUUUCUGAGCACUGAUGAGAAAACUGUUUAUUAAGAUAUAAAGAGUGAAUACCUCUGUCACAAAAGGAAGAAGGAUGGACACAGAAAAGGACAUGAUUAGCAAAGGAGUCAUGUAUUUAUGUCUGUACGAGAAUCAUUCACUGAACUAUGUACCUCAAUCAGAAAUGAACCAGUGGGACUGAAGACAGAACACACAGUGUGCAUACUUCUGAGCAAUGACAGAAAAUAAGUGGCAGUAAGAGUCAACGUUCAAUCACAACCAACGAGAGGCUACACAACUGUCUUCAUAAGAGCUGCAGCUAGCACCAUUCGUUCAAAAAAGAGCAGGAAGUCAACAGAUGUUCCUGAAAGUGUCAUUUUAUAUGUUUUUUAUUGAAUGUAAUUAUUUUGUAUGUGUGAAUAUGGCACUGUUCAGAGCGAUUUAAAGGGAAAAGCACUCCAGCAUUACAAACUUUAGUUUCUCCAAUAGCAGUGUGGUGGCAUUGUUGUAAAAUGUGCAAUCAAAAAUAUAUUAAAUGUGUUUAAACAUUCAGCAUUAUACUAAAAAAGUAUUUAUGGUACAGAGAAGAAUUUCCAAAGAAUGAAAAAUGUCUGACUAAAAUAAUAUAUGUUGAAA